AUGGUGACGCCGGCUGACGUCACGCGACCCGUCCGCGCUCGCCGGGCGGCCCAGGUAGUGUCAACAAGCGGCCCAGCCCCGCCGCGGCUCUGCCCAGACAGCGGCGUGCCUGCCCGUCACAGCCGUGCGAAACGCUAUCAAAACAUCGUGGCGGCUGCAGUGCCGCAGCGGCCCACUGCGUCGAAUGCUGUCUCCCGGCAGCCUGAUGAGGACGGCUUUGUCGCCCCACCUCGGCGGCACACCGCCAGGGCUGCCGUACUGCAGCCACCGCAGCCGCUGCCGACAACGAGCACGUUUCCAGGGGCAAACGUCGACGAGAUGGAGGACGGCGAGGCGCCUCUGGUGCCGCCCCAGAAGAAGCCGCCGCCCCCGCCGCCUAUCGUCGUCCAAUGGGACGGCGUGUGCAAGGACUUCCAACAGAGGCUCGACAGGGUGGCCACGCCCUCUACCGUCAACAAUGCCGGCCGUGACCUCUACACGGUCACGGUCGCGGCACACGAGGAAGGGGCCGGAAGCAGCAGCGAGGCAAGGGUGCUCCUUCUCGUAAGGUACACCCUACCACCAGCUUCGCUGCCGCCACCACGAGCGGGUUACCUGCCCCUCCCAGCGCUCUGGGACAACAGCCCACUGCGCCGUCCACGGCUUCGCCUGAGAGGGCGGCUACCCCCGCAGCCGCACCUGGCGCGCCGGUUGCCCGCCUGGGCAGGCGUUGCCGGCGCACGAGGCGUGCCACCCCCGCCGCUGCGCAACAGUCUGCCACCGACACUCCGCCGCGGCAGCGACAAGCAGCUCGCGCUGCGCCGCAGUUGCGGCCAGCAACUGUCGCUGCACGUCAGUCGGCACCUCCUGAGCGGCCCCAGCCACCCGCCCCUGUGGCGGAGGCCGCCCAGCGUCCCCCGCUACCUACACUACAUCAGAAGCAGCUGA